UCAAAUUUCUAGGGUUUCAUUCUCUAAUCCAUUUCAAUGGCGCCAAGAGCUGAGAAGAAGCUUGCAGAAAAGAAACCUGUAGCGGCAGAGAAAUCACCAGUUUCGUCUGAGAAGAAGCCAAAGGCGGAGAAGAAGAUCUCGAAGGAAUCAUCAAGCGGAGUCGUUGAUAAGAAGAAGAAGAAGUCAAAGAAGAGCAUCGAGACUUAUAAGAUCUAUAUAUUCAAAGUUCUGAAGCAAGUUCAUCCUGAUGUGGGUAUCUCCAGUAAGGCAAUGGGGAUCAUGAACAGUUUCAUUAAUGAUAUCUUUGAGAAAUUAGCACAAGAAUCUUCAAAACUUGCUCGAUACAAUAAGAAACCUACUAUUACUUCUCGUGAGAUUCAGACUGCUGUUAGACUUGUCUUGCCUGGAGAACUUGCGAAGCAUGCUGUCUCUGAAGGUACUAAGGCUGUUACUAAAUUCACCACUGAGAAGAAGCUUGCAGAAAAGAAACCUGUAGCGGCAGAGAAAGCACCAGUUUCGGCGGAGAAGAAGCCAAAGGCUGAGAAGAAGAUCUCGAAAGAUUCAUCAAGCGGAGUCAUCGAUAAGAAGAAAAAGAAAUCAAAGAAGAAUAUCGAGACUUACAAGAUCUAUAUAUUCAAAGUUCUGAAGCAAGUUCAUCCUGAUGUGGGUAUCUCCAGUAAGGCAAUGGGGAUCAUGAACAGUUUCAUCAAUGAUAUCUUUGAGAAAUUAGCGCAAGAAUCUUCAAAACUUGCUCGAUACAAUAAGAAACCUACUAUUACUUCCCGUGAGAUUCAGACUGCUGUUAGACUUGUCUUGCCUGGAGAACUUGCGAAGCAUGCUGUCUCUGAAGGUACUAAGGCUGUUACUAAAUUUACCAGCUCUUAGUUGGUUAAAGUUCUAGGGUUUCGACAUUAUAUUAUCUGUAAGCGAAUUAUGAUGUUAAAUCAAUUCUGUUUUUGUCCCUUUUCUGAA